AUGCCGACGCUCUUCGAGACGUCGUUCCCGAAGUCGGUCACGUCGCGACCGACGGGCCUCACCAAGACCGCGGUCGCGUCCGUCGCGCUCGCGCUCGAGCUCGCGACGCGCGCGUAUCGCUCGUCGCGACCUCUUCUCCACGCGGCGAUAUCGCUGCCCGCGAUAGCGACCGCGCUCGGGGCGGUGACGGCGAUCCGUAGCGUCAUCGUCGCGCACGCGGUGAUGUGCUCGUGGCUGCUAACCGCGUUUCAAGUCACGCUCCUCGCGAUGCACGUCUGCGGCGUCGCGUUGGAGCGCUACGACGUGCGUCUCGGUCGACGCGUCGCCGCGCCGCGUUUCGUUUCUCGUUUCCGAACCCUCCCUCUGUUUUUCUUCGCCGCGGCUGUGACAGCUGUGUCCCGGGUAUUCUCUUCUCCCGCGCAGGUCAACCCCGCGGGCAGGUGGAUCUUGAAGCUCGAGGCCGAGGCGUGGGAGGAGAUCUCGUUCGCGCAAGACAAGAGCUGGUCGUACCUCUUCGCGGAGAGCCCGGUGUGGUCCUGA